AUGAAGUCGAAACGUUUUCAGCAAUUACGUUCUCCUAGAAACAAUUCAGAGAUAGAUUCAAAGUCUCCUGUACCUAGUGUUAUUUCUGGAUCAUCAAAAGCUUCAAAAACUAGAUCUUCUUCCAGAAAUAAACAGGUUGAUACACCAAAAACAAUUGCUGAAGCUCCAAACAUGUCACAAUCACCAAUAACCCCACAGAACAGAGCUCAAAAGCACAAUACUUCUCAUUCUAGCCAAAAAUCAACACCAUCUUUAACGGAUAAGUCAACGCAAUCACCUCCAAAGAUCUAUUUCCAUACAUCCGUUGAGUGCUUAACUUCAAAAUCAAGGAUUUACUCUCCAUCAAAACUGAAAUCAAAAGAAAAUCAAUCUUUGUACAGUCCGUCGCCAAAGAGUCCAAAACAGAAUAGAAAAUCAGCUGCUCUAUUACAGAGUGAAGAUAGCGAGCUUGUUUCGCUUGAAGAAAUUACAAAACCGAAAAUUAAAAACAGUUCAAGGUCUUCUGUUGUUCGUAGCAGGAAAAAUACAGAAGCAUCAUCCUACAUAACAGAUAACAACUCCCAAUUCAAUACGCAAAGCAUAAUUAAUGAACCUUCAAAUAUUACCAAUUAUUCUGCUUAUACAACAGAAUCCGAGGCACCAAUGAUCACUCUAAAGAAGACAUAUGCUGUAGUAAGAAAGAGCGAUAUAGGAUCCAAGGAUUUACUCGAAAUUCCAGAUGGUUUCUUUAUUACUGAAAAUGACUUAAAGAGAGAGAAGCGUUCUGCUGGAAAUAAUUUCAGCGAGACCGAAUCUCACUAUUCUUUGUCUAGCCAGCUUCAAUCCAAAAAUUAUUCUUCACAAAUCAUGGAAUUAUCCUCAAUUGCACAAGUUGACUCUCAAAACAGUCUCCUUGUUAAUCCCGGUGCAUCAUUACAUGAAAGAACUCAAUCAGAAGCUGGCUCAAGGCAAUCAUCCAUAAAAUUGUUGAAUUCUUCAGCUGUUGCAACAUAUUCUACAGAUGUGUUGAAGGAUAAUGAGUCCUAUUCGCAUUACACAAGCCAACAAGCAUCAGAAGGCUACGAUUUCAUUACUGGAGAAAGUGAUUUGGCACCCGGCCAAAUUUCAUCGAUUUUACCUCACUUUAGCCCGACUCAUAAAGAUGACGAUGAGAAAGGAGAACUUUCACCGGAAGAUCUCGGAAUUUGGCUUGUAUAUCCAGGAAAAUCAAGGAUUAUUGUUGAAUAA